UUGUCGAAAUCUCCAAUAGGAGCUGGGAAAGUGAGCGGAACAGAAGAUGCCCUUAUUCCUUACCCAUCCGCAAAGCUAAUUUCGUCUGUUCCCGGUUCUCCGAGUGAAGUAAGUGGGUUGCGUACAGGAGGACUAUGUUCCGGCCCCGGAUUUUCCAGGGAUUCCCUUUCUUCGCCUAACUUUUUGCCCAAACCCUAAGUUUUCCACCCUCAAGAAAGUAGCCGGAACUGCGCUAUGAGUUUUUCUUUCCUCUGUGUUAAUUACUAACACAUACUCUAUGUUUUAGGCUAUUAGCAUACAGUACGCCUGCGAUUCUAUGCAUAUAUGUAAGGACAUUAACAGGUGGAACUGGAAAGCAAACUUCUCGUCUCACUCACUCAUAUGAAGGAACAUGGAUAAUGAGGUAAUCGAGUUUGAUAUAGGCUUAGGAGGUGGGAGCGAGGACGGGGAUGGAGAUGAUGUCCUUGAUGAGGAGACUGUCGCCAAAUGUUCCCCUGUUACUGAUGGAAAUGUUGCAGCAGUUCGAAGUUACUCUCCCCAAGGGGACCUCGAUCUUGAACCUUAUGAGGGCAUGGAAUUUGAAUCUGAGGAGGCUGCCAAGGCGUUUUAUAACUCCUAUGCACGCCGGGUUGGCUUCAGCACCCGCGUCAGCUCCUCUCGUCGGUCCAGGAAGGAUGGUGCCAUCAUUCAGAGGUCGUUUGUCUGUGCCAAAGAAGGAUUCCGCAAUUUGAAUGAGAAACGUACCAAGGAUAGAGAAAUUAAGCGACCACGUACUAUCACCCGGGUUGGCUGCAAGGCCGCUCUCUCUGUCAAGAUACAGGACUCUGGUAAGUGGGUAGUCUCUAACUUUGUCAAGGAGCACAAUCACGAGCUGGUUCCCCCUGAUCAGGUCCACUGUCUCCGCUCCCAUCGUCAAAUUUCUGGUCCUGCCAAGACCCUAAUAGAUACCUUGCAGGCUGCUGGUAUGGGUCCCCGCAGGAUUAUGUCUGCCCUCAUUAAAGAGUAUGGUGGCAUUAGCAAAGUUGGUUUCACAGAGGUAGAUUGUCGUAAUUACAUGCGGAACAACCGCCAAAGGAGUUUGGAAGGAGACAUACAGCUCCUCUUAGACUACCUGAAACAAAUGAAUAUCCAGAACCCUGGAUUCUUCUAUGCAGUUCAGGGUGAUGAGGACCUGUGCACAGGGAAUGUCUUCUGGGCUGACUCUAAGGCAAGAGCAAAUUAUAACUAUUUUGGUGAUACUGUUACAUUUGAUACAACUUAUAGGUCAAAUAGGUACCGGUUACCCUUUGCACCCUUUACUGGAGUAAAUCAUCACGGACAACCUGUUCUCUUUGGAUGUGCUUUCCUAAUAAAUGAAUCAGAAGCCUCAUUCAUAUGGCUUUUUAAGACAUGGCUUGCAGCUAUGUCUGGUCAACCCCCCUUGUCAAUGACAACAGACCAUGAUGCUGUAAUUAGGUCUGCCAUCAUGCAGGUUUUCCCUGAGACCCGGCACCGUUUCUGCAAAUGGCACAUCUUAAAGAAAUGCCAGGAAAAGUUGUCACAUGUCUUCCUUGAGCACCCAAAUUUUGAAGCAGACUUCCACAAGUGUGUCAAUUUGACAGAGUCUACUGAGGAAUUUGAAUCCUGUUGGCUUUCUCUUGUUGACAAGUAUGAGCUAAGGGAUCAUGACUGGCUUCAAGUGAUAUACUUAGAUCGCAGACAGUGGGUGCAAGUAUAUCUCCGUGAUGCUUUUUUUGCAGAAAUGUCCAUAACUCAACGUAGCGAUAGCAUGAACUCAUAUUUUGAUGGUUAUGUGAAUGCGUCAACUAAUCUAAAUCAGUUCUUCAAAUUGUAUGAGAAAGCUGUGGAGAGCCGUACUGAGAAAGAAGUCAAAGCUGAUUAUGAUAUGAUGAAUACAUUCCCAGUUUUGAAGACCCCUUCUCCAAUGGAGAAACAAGCAUCUGAGGUUUACACAAAAAAGUUGUUUAUGAGAUUUCAGGAGGAGUUGGUUGCCACUCUAACUUUCAUGGCCAACAAAGUUGAGGAUGAUGGACUAGUUACCACUUAUCAAGUUGCUAAAUUUGGGGAUGACCACAGAGCUUACUAUGUAAGAUUUAAUGUUUUAGAAAUGAAAGCUACUUGUAGCUGCCAGAUGUUUGAGUUCUCAGGACUUCUCUGCCGGCACGUUUUAGCAGUGUUCAGAGUGACAAAUGUUCUGACUCUUCCUUCCCAUUACAUCCUCAAACGAUGGAGCCGAAGCGCAAAGAGCAAUGUUGCAUUGGAAGACCGUGUUGCUGAUAUAAUCAAUUAUUAUUUGGAAUCACAUACGGUUCGAUAUAAUAUGCUGAGACAUGAAGCGUUUAAGUUUGUGGAGGAAGGGGCAGAGACUGUUGAUUCUUAUACUGUGGCAAUGGCUGCUCUGGAAGAGGCUACAAAGAAGAUUUUCCUAGCAGUAAAGCAUGAUGGGAGGAUAUCUUUAGUAAAUGGGCAUUGUAGAGAAAACUUGACUAGGAAUGGGGUCCGUGCAAAUUACAACAUUGAGGAUGAACAGAGAAGUCUCGCAUGUCCACUCUCUGAGAAAAAUUCUGAACAUGCAACUGCUGAUUCUAAACUAAUUUGGAAAAAAAAAUGGCAGCUCCAAGUUGCCUAAACACUUCAAGAGAACCUUAAAUGAGGUGGAGAAGUUUGAUGAUUGGGUUCUGCAGCAAUAGAAGUCAAAGUUGUUGGAUAGAAAUGUGGUUUCAUAUAUUCUAUUUGGUGCAUUGAGGAUCUGUUUCAUACCUCCGUAUUGACAUCUAUUGGUUGUUCUGAUCUGGUUGAACAAUGCUGAAACAAUUCUUUACACUCUCCCCAAUUGUAGGCGUUGAAUUUGGUCUAAUGGGGAAUCAUGAUAGCAUAGUUGGCUGGCUAUCUGAACCUUCUACCUUGUACGCGGGAGUUCCGAUUCCCUAACUUGUGAUCCCCUCCUUACUCUUCUUCCCUUUCUCCUAAGUAUAAUUUAAAUUUUAAACUUUCGAGCUGCAAAGAAACUUUUGCAUGUCUGUUACAGAAUUGAUAUAGUUGAUGGGAGGUUUGAUUAUUUUCU